UCAAAAAUGCAACGCUAGCGCGCCCAAUAUCUUACAUAGCAGCAUUAUCAUAAUGUCACAGUCAAAGGGCGGGCUUGCUCAGCCGGUGCCUCAAGGUGUCUCCCGCCACACCUGGAAGGCCGAAUUUGAAUGGUACCGAAAGAAUUUCCACAAAUUUCUUCAUGCGAGCCUUUUAGGACCAAUAGUUGUCAUAUUCUGUGCUGCCCCAUAUGUUGUUCCCAGGCAAAACACACUCAUCAUGGCCAUUACUUGGGGGAUUGUAGGAGGCUUUAGCAUUACGAUUGACUAUCGACGUCUCCAGCUAAGCCAGCCAACUGAAGGAUAUCAUCGACUUUGGGCUCAUCGAUCAUUCUCAGCAUGCAUCGGGAUAAGAAUCGCACUUGCCGUGAUUGGAGCUGCCCAGAAUCAAUGGCCCAUUCUAUGGUGGGUGAAACAUCACCGCGCCCACCACAAAUACACAGACACGGACCAAGAUCCUUAUAAUGCCACGAGAGGCCUGCUAUUCUCUCAUAUUGGCUGGCUACUGGGGCUGAACGAGAGCGCAUGGGGUCCGGUAGACUUGUCAGACCUGAAAAAGGAUCCAGUGGUCGUUUGGCAGGAUCGACUAUACUGGCCUAUUCUCAUCACGGUCGGCAUCCUCCUGCCCGGCGCGGUAGCUCAUUAUGGCUGGAAUGACUGGAAAGGUGGAAUUCUCUUUGCAGGGAUAACUCGGAUUAUUAUAACGCAACACAUCACCUUUUUGAUCAACUCGGUGGCUCAUGCCCCGUGGGCUGGGACUCAGCCGUACUCUACCAGUACAACUGCACGGAAUAUCCCCCUUCUCGCCAUUUUGACACUUGGAGAGGCGAACCACAACUUCCACCACGCGUUUCCGACGGAUUAUCGGAAUGGAGUGAAUUGGAAUGAGCCAGACUUUUCGCGAUGGAUUAUCUGGCUAUGGGGAAGACUUGGUUGGGUGAAUAAUCUGAAAAUUGCCAGCCCAUUGGAGAUAGAACAAGCUCGCUUCAAACGGAAGAAGGAAAGCACCAGGCGCAAAAGUGACAGUGACGAACAUAUUAGGGCCUUGCCCAAACUCCCUCAGAUGAGCUGGCAAGAUUUCAGGAAGCGAUGUGAUGAUUUCGACGAACUCACCUGCAUAAAUGGAGUGGUAUAUGAUGUUGCGGACUUUAAGGACGAUCAUCCUGGUGGUCGAGAUUUGAUUCAGCAAUCAAUUGGGAAGGAUGCGACCGAACUUUACUAUGGAAAUCACCUUCACUCUCCCCAAGCUGAUAACAUUUUGAAGAGUCUACAGGUCUCCCUUCUAGAGAAUUCUCAUCACUGA